AUGGGGAUUCUGGAUGUUUUGCUCCAGUCCCACUCAGCCACUUUGUUGGUGGCUCUUCUAGUACUUCUGCUUGUGUAUUUGAUUUCAUCCUCCAGGUUUAGCCCUGAAAAACAUGGAAAGGAUCCACCGGGACCAAGACCCCUUCCUUUGAUUGGAAACCUUCUGCAACUUGACCUCAGGAGAAUAUAUCACUCUUUACUGGAGUUAUCCAAGGAGUUUGGUUCCGUCUUCACUGUCUAUCUUGGACCACAAAAAGUGGUGGUUCUGGCGGGAUACAAAACAGUCAAGGAGGCUCUUGUUCAGCAUGAUGAGGAGUUUGGAGAACGGCAUGCCUUUCCACUUUUGGCUGAUUUCAACAAAGGGCACGGGGUUUUAUGGUCAAACGGGGACUCUUGGAGAGAAAUGCGACGCUUUGCUUUGACAAACCUAAGGGACUUUGGAAUGGGCAAAAAGGCUUGUGAAGAUAAAAUAAUCGAGGAGUGUCAGCACCUCAUUGAAGUUUUUAAGAAUUUCAAAGGUAAAGUCUAUAAUCUCUUUGCGACAGUUACAAACUUGUUCAACGCCGGGACUGAGACGACAUCCACCACUCUGAGAUGGGGCCUUCUUCUUAUGGCCAAAUAUCCAAAGAUACAAGAGCAGGUCCAAGAGGAGCUGAGGAAGGUGAUAGGAGAUCGUCAGGUCCAGGUAGCAGACAGAAGGAGUCUGCCCUUCACUGAUGCUGUUAUCCACGAGACUCAAAGACUGGCCAGCAUCGUUCCCAAUGCGCUUCCUCAUAAAACCAGCAGAGACAUCACAUUUCAGGGUUACCAAAUCAAGAAGGACACCACGGUUUAUCCUCUCCUGACUUCUGUCCUCCAUGAUCCCAGUGAGUGGGAGAAACCCCACAGCUUUCAUCCUGCUCAUUUUCUGGACAAAGAAGGAAAAUUUGUCAAGCGUGAUGCCUUCAUGCCAUUUUCUGCAGCUCAAGCCUCCCUCACCUUGAAUCUGGCAAAAUGUGAGUUUGCCAAAGCGGUGGUGACCUACCAGGGAAAGGAAGUAGGCCAUGGCCAAGUUCGUCCGGUGAAUGCAAAGGUGGACGCUAUCCUACGCUACCCUGUGCCCACCACAAGACGAUUGACCCCGCCUCUCGCCAGUAGACAGUUGGAGAUAGGCACCAGACACCCCUUGAGACCCUGUUUGGGAUAA